AUGGAGUUUCCCAGCAGAAACUACGAUCCUCUGAACAUCACCGAAAUCUUCGAACCCAUCAUGAACGGUGACAAAUGUCCACGAUCCAGCAGUUCCUCUAGAUCAUCUUUACCUCAACCAGACAAAAUAUUGAGAGUUGAUGUUCCAGUUGACCAAACGAUCGAUUCAAGUAAUUCAGUUCCUAACGUUUCAGACGCUGAGGUAAGACCUAGUACUGAGCAGCAAUGCACCGAUCUUUUACUGCGGGUCGCUUCAAAAGCUGCUCUCGAAGCGGCUGCUUUGGAUGUUGAACGAACAGCAGCCGCUCGUACUGCUGAAUGCUCCAAUGCUCCAGUUGCUCAGUACCAUCAAGCUGCCAGUGCCGCCGCCGCCACCGUCGCUCAUCCGGCGGUCACUCAUCCGGCGGUCACUCAUCCGGCGGUCACUCAUCCAGCCGCUGCUCCGCCAGCCCCACUCCACCAAUCGCACCUCAGCAUCAAGCCGCCACCGCCGCCGCUGCUCAUUCAGUGGCCACUCAUCCAGCCGCCGCUCCGUCUGCCCUUGCUGCUCACCAAGCCACCGCUGAAUUGUCACUAG